UGCAUAGCGUUUCCUGCCCUGGUGCAUGGUGGUCGAACGAAGGGAUUGUUGGAAAAUUUUCGGAGGCAGAUCAUGCUGUUAGCCCAGGUGAAUCGGGACACCCAGGGCAUGGAGUUUCAGAGUGUGGACGGGGACCCACAGCAGGUCACCCUUUGCCUGACAGAGGCAGUAACAGUUGCAGAUGACAAUAUUGAUGGAAUGGAGUGGAUGGAUCCACAGCAUACAUCCAACAUAGCCCUAAAGUUUCUCUCACAGAAAACAAAAUAAUGGAGGGACAAGUGAUUCAGCUGGAGGAUGGAUCUGCUGCUUAUGUCCAGCACCUGCCAAUGUCUAAAACGGGUGGAGAAGGUUUGAGGCUAGAAGAUGGGCAAGCUGUGCAACUAGAGGAUGGAACGACUGCUUACAUUCACGCACCCAAAGAAACAUAUGAUCAGGGCGGAUUACAGGCUGUUCAGUUGGAGGAUGGCACCACUGCAUAUAUUCAACAUAUGCCUCAGUCCAACACCAUCUUGGCCAUCCAGGCUGAUGGUACUGUAGCAGACUUACAAACAGAGGGCACGAUUGAUGCCGAGACGAUUAGUGUACUGGAGCAAUACUCUACUAAGAUGGAGGCCACAGAGUGUGGCACAGGGUUAAUUGGUCGAGGGGACUCUGAUGGUGUCCAUAUGCAGAUUGUACUGCAGGGUCAAGACUGUCGUUCACCUAGAAUCCAGCAUGUUGGAGAAAAGGCCUUCCGAUGUGAACAUGAAGGGUGUGGAAAACUCUACACUACAGCUCACCAUCUGAAGGUUCAUGAAAGAUCACAUACUGGAGAUAAGCCCUACAUUUGUGAUCAUUUGGGUUGUGGCAAAAAGUUUGCAACAGGAUAUGGUCUCAAGAGUCAUGUCCGAACACACACUGGAGAGAAACCGUACCGCUGUCAAGAGCUCAACUGCCUUAAGUCUUUCAAAACUUCUGGAGAUUUACAAAAACACACAAGAACACAUACAGGUGAAAAACCCUUUAAAUGUCCGUUUGAAGGCUGUGGGAGAUCUUUCACCACAUCCAACAUUCGUAAAGUCCACAUCCGAACUCACACAGGCGAAAGGCCAUAUUACUGUGCCGAACCCAACUGCGGAAGGGCCUUUGCAAGUGCCACCAAUUACAAAAACCACAUGAGGAUCCACACAGGUGAAAAGCCAUAUGUCUGCACAGUUCCUGGGUGUGACAAACGUUUCACAGAGUACUCCAGUCUAUACAAGCACCAUGUGGUUCAUACGCCCUGCAAACCCUACAACUGUAAUCACUGUGGAAAGACGUAUAAGCAGAUUUCAACCUUAGCCAUGCAUAAACGCACCGCACACAAUGACACCGAGCCUAUAGAAGAGGAGCAAGAAGGUUAUUUUGAGCCUCCUGCAGAGGCCAUUGAUGACCCUGGGUUAAUGUAUACUCCAAGUGUGGUGGAUGACGACUCUGGAUCUGAGCAAGUGUCAGGAUCUGAGAUCAUGGGACAACAUCAUGUGGCUCUCAUAUCCCAGGAUGGCACGCAACAGGUUCUGUCUCAAGCAGAUAUGCAGGCUAUGGGAGGCACGAUUACAAUGGUAACACAAGAGGGGACCACCAUAACAAUCCCAGCCCAUGAAGCAAUGCUUUCCUCAGGGGGAGCACAUUCAGUUACUAUGGUAUCUGCAGACGGCACUGAGGGACAAGUGGCCAUCGUAACGCCGGAUCUGGCAGCUUACCAGACAGAAGAGGGGGAGCUGAUCCAGGAUCAGGAACAACAUGAAGUUUCCACAAGCCCACACCCGGUCACUCUGCUGGCUACCUCUAACGGCACACACAUAGCUGUGCAGCUAAGUGAUCAUCCGUCCCUAGAAGAAGCCAUCAGAAUAGCAUCAAGAAUACAACAAGGAGAAACUCCCGGCAUGGACGAUUAACUCAUGUUGUAUAACUUAUCAAUGAACUAAAGGUCUCAAGGAUUUGUGUGUGUGUAAGUCUGAGUGUUGUAAAAAUAUUUUUUUCUAAUGCUGGCAUCAUGAUCGCUAUAUAUCAAAUAUAUUUUUGUGUGGAUAUGUACAUAGCUGUUUUAAAAGUAGAGUUUUCUGUAUAUAUUUGAUUAUGCUAUUUUUGCAAGCUGUUAAAAAAGGUCUAUGAUAAUAAUAAUAAAAAGACAAAAUCUA